CACUUUUGUCCAAUGAAUUGAAAAAUGAUAAUUUUUUCCAGAAAUAAAAAGAAUAGUCUUUCUUAGUAAACGGUUGUAUACCCAGUCUAUGCGCCGGCGGCCGGCAGCCCUUUCACUCCUCCGCAAAGAAGCAAGCUUUAAGCUUCUCUUCUCUUCUCUUCUUCAUCUCAUCGCCCAUCUCCUCAUUUCUCUCUCCGUUGACCGCACUUCUUUUCCCUCCAUUUCUGCUUUACAAUCUGUCAAUUCUAAACUUUUGGUCAACUUGUCUGAAUACUAUUUAAUUCAACUUCUAAAGUUUCAGACUUCACGAGAUUGCAACUACCCACAAAAUAAAAUAAAGGUUCAAUCUUAUCUCUUCCUCAUGUUUUGCUUGUUUUCUGCUCUUUUUUCCCCCUUUGAUUUAAGGUUGGAUGACUUGGAUUCUACAGUGUCACAAUCUCCUGAUUACACUGCAGUGAACAAGUGCCGAUUCGGUAUUGAGGGGCUUAAUUGUGCUAAUACUAAUUAUGCUAUUAAUACCCCAUCUAAUUCCUUUAAGAGAGCAAGAAUGAAAGGUUCUGAAGGACUUCGUUCAAUUGGCAGAUCACUUAGAUUUGGGGUUUCUCGUGCAGUGUUUCCUGAGGAUUUAAAAGUCUCUGAGAAAAAGAUUUUUGAUCCACAAGACAAAUUUCUACAACUUUGGAAUAAACUAUUUGUGGUAUCAUGUAUUUUGUCCAUUUCUGUGGAUCCUUUUUUCUUUUAUCUUCCAAUUGUCAAUCCGAAGUUAAACUGUCUGGGGAUAGACCGGAAGUUAGCAAUUGCAGCCACUACAGUACGCACAAUAAUAGAUGUUUUUUACCUCAUCCGCAUGGCUCUUCAGUUUCGAACUGCAUAUAUUGCUCCAUCAUCUCGAGUGUUUGGACGGGGUGAACUUGUCAUUGAUCCUGCUCAGAUUGCAAAGCGAUACCUUCUGGGAUACUUUUUUGUUGAUUUUCUUGCUGUGCUGCCCUUACCACAGAUUGUUAUCUGGAGGUAUCUACAGAGGAUGAAAGGCUCUGAUGUAUAUGCAACCAAACAGGCCUUGCUUUUCAUAGUCUUGAUUCAGUAUAUCCCCAGAAUUGUCAGAAUUAUUCCUCUCUUUUCUGAACUAAAAAGGACGUCAGGUGUCUUUGCGGAAACUGCGUGGGCUGGUGCAGCAUACUAUCUACUUCUCUAUAUGCUCUGUAGCCAUAUGGUAGGGGCUUUAUGGUAUCUUCUAGGUAUGGAGCGUAAUGAUGCUUGUUGGCAGAAUGUCUGUUCCGACAACAAGGGAAAUUGCACUACAAAUUUCUUGUAUUGUGACAAUCAGCAAUCACCAGGCUAUGAAAUCUGGAGCAAUAUGAGUGUUUCACUUUUUAAUACCACUUGCUCUGGGAGUGAAGAUAAUGAUGAGUUCGACUUUGGGAUCUUUGGACAGGCUUUGACAUCUGGCAUUUUCUCAUCAAGUAGCUUUAUAUCUAAGUACUGUUACUGCUUAUGGUGGGGGCUACAAAACUUAAGUACAUUGGGACAGGGACUUCAAACCAGUACCUAUCCGGGAGAGGUGAUAUUUUCCAUCGCGCUUGCCAUAUUUGGGCUUAUCCUGUUUGCACUUUUGAUUGGUAAUAUGCAGACUUAUCUUCAAUCACUUACAAUUCGACUUGAAGAGAUGAGGGUCAAAAGGCGUGAUUCAGAGCAAUGGAUGCACCAUCGCCUGCUGCCGCAGGAACUGAGAGAACGUGUUAGACGUUAUGAUCAAUACAAAUGGCUAGAAACACGUGGAGUUGAUGAAGAGAACUUGGUCAGGAGUUUACCCAAGGAUCUGAGAAGGGACAUAAAGCGCCAUCUCUGUCUUGCAUUAGUGAGGAGGGUCCCCUUGUUUGAAAAUAUGGACGAGAGGCUGCUGGAUGCUAUAUGUGAGCGUUUGAAGCCAAGCUUAUACACUGAAAAAACUUACAUCCUUCGGGAAGGUGACCCAGUUGAUGAAAUGCUCUUCAUUAUUCGUGGUCGCCUUGAGAGUGAGACCACAGAUGGUGGGCGAAGUGGAUUUUUGAACCGCAGUUUCCUAAAAGAGGGUGAUUUUUGUGGAGAUGAGCUUUUAACAUGGGCAUUAGAUCCCAAAUCAGGUUCUAACCUCCCAUCAUCUACUCGAACAGUGAGAGCCAUCACAGAAGUUGAAGCCUUUGCCCUUGAAGCUGAGGAGCUCAAAUUUGUGGCGAGUCAAUUUAGGCGCCUUCACAGUAGACAAGUUCAACAUACCUUCAGGUUCUACUCACAGCAAUGGAGAACAUGGGCUGCUCGCUUCAUUCAAGCUGCUUGGCGCCGUUAUUUGAAGAGGAAAUUGAUGGAGCAGCAGCGCCGCAAGGAGGAGGAAGAAGCUGAAGCAUCAUUGAAGAGUGGUGGAAGUGGUGGUGGUACAUACAGCCUCGGAGCCACCAUUCUGGCAUCGAGAUUUGCAGCUAAUGCCCUUCGUGGGGUCCACCGGAAUCGGCUUUCCAGGGGUACUAGUGUUUUAGUAAAACCGCCUAAACCACCAGAGCCUGACUUUUCAGCGGAUGCAGACUAACAUCUUGUGUCUCUUGAUGAAGUGGUUACUGUAAGUUCUGACUGCUCACAUUUUUUGGUGGUUCCUUAAAGGUGAUUGGUUGUGUAUUAUACAUACGAAAUAUGCAUAAUUUACUAUGGAGAGAAUUUAUUGCAUGGCCUUGGUAGUCGGCAAGAUAUGAAACUUGUACGUGUGGGUUAGGAUUUGUAUCACUGUAUUAACUAUUAUGUAUGGUUGAUAAUCCUAAUAUUUCUGUAUAGAAAUUUGGUAACUAUCAGUAGCUGGUUUUACGUGGUCAAAUGUUUUAACUUUUUUUCUCCUUGCCAGGAAGAAAUCCUAAUUUUUCUGUUUCUUAUA